CUGCGGGCUACAUCGGGCAGUUUCGGUUGCUAAGGCAAAUAGGCCGGAUAAAAAGAAAAGAUGUGCGCCAUCUGAGUGUGAUUAAGAACUACGGGAUUCUUCGUUAUUAGUCAAUCGCCUACAGAUGGGGAAUAACAACAGUGUUCCAAUAAUCAGAGAUCCUCAAAACAAUGGUGCGAAUGUCACUGGCCGUGUCGCACCGGAAGUUCCCGCUGGAGAAGACGCUCUCGGAGUUUUAGAAACAGUAUACCAUCUACCAGACGAACUUGAACGAUCGAGAUUGCUUCAAGAUCCAACGACGGAUGUUCUUCAGGAAAGAAAAGAUAUCAUACAAAAAUUACGCGACAUUGCGACAAAUCUGGAAAAAACCCACAAAGACGUUCUGAUCGCCGAUCGUGUUGGAACAGGGGUCGGAAUUGGGGCGGGCUGUCUCGUUUUAGGCGGCUUAGUCGCAGCUCCAUUUACUGCUGGGCUAUCUCUUAGUCUUACAGUCACGGGAACCAUCACCGGUGUCGCGGGUGGAUUGACGUCUGCAGGAGCUAACAUAACUGGCUUUGUCAUGGAAAAAAAAAUGGUUGCAUCUUUGGAAGAGGAACUCAAAACUCAUCUAAAGCACGUAGAACAACUGUCCUCGUCUGACUCAACGUACUUAUCCCGCGCUCUCCGUAUGCGACCAACGCUGAAGACGUUAGGAAACCUAUCACAAGGAGGCUGGAUGUGCAUGGUCGCUACACUUCAGAAAUUUAUAAGACUGGCUUUAAACGGAAACCACGCUGAAAUCCACAGAACUCUAAACCAUCGCAUAGACCCCGAAAUCAAACGUUUAAUUCAAAUGCUACGUUUGCCCAUGAACCCCGAAUCGCUGCAAGCUCUAGCUCAAAUAUGUACUCUAAUAGUUGAUGAUAUUUGUAGCAUUAAAAACGCAAUCAAAGCGUUUUUAAACUAUUUUAAACGACCAGAAUUGGCCAGGCUUGCAAUGAUCUACACGAAUACAGCAGCUGUAAUGAGAACGACGACCACCACGACUACAGCGGCGAAAAUCACUUCUACCUUCCGAGGAACGCCGAUGGCCAUGACUAGAACUGCUCGUGUUGCAGCUGGUGCCCUAACUGCUGCAUUCAUCGUCGUUGACGUGAUCCACAUGGUCCACAUUUGGAAUGAAACAGGCGAGACCCCAACCGUGCAAAAAUUUCGCAAGAUGGCGGAUGAUCUAGAAAACGAGAUUCGCUCUCCGCAAGGUGAAAUGGAAGACAACCUAGAAAGUGGAGAACUCGACAACGCGAGUCAUUCUAACCAAGGAACGGAAUGAGCUUCUGCAAGAAAACGAAGGUCAGAUGGAGCCGACGAAAAUAACUAUACGUUAAGUACGCAAUAGUAUGAUGUGGGUGGUUUCAAAAACGGGAAUUUAGUCUUUAGAAAAUGUAUUGAAAAAUAAAAUGUUCGCGUAGUAUGCCUUCCAUGACAAUGCAAAUUCAAUGUAGCUUGGUUCAAAUUAGUUCAAUACAUAUGUUUAGAUCAACAA